UGCGGAGCCGCCGCCGCUGCUGCUGCUGCUGCUGCCUCUGGCUCUGGCUCGGGAUGACGCCACCUCUCGCUCCGCCCCGGCGCAAACUCGCUCUUCGCGUUCAUUUCAUUCCUCUUCUCAUUCCGAGCAUUCUUCGCAUCUCUUGUCAGUGCGCGAAGCGAUUCAACUUAAAAGCAGCGCGGCCGGCGCAGAAACACAACUAUAACUUGACAUAGUAUUAAAAAAAAAGACGCAGUCACAGCACAUUACCAACAGAAAGCGUCAUUUUUAGAUGAGAUAUCAAUAACGAGAGUUGGCUCAGCCGGGAGUUGUUGUUGUUGGAGCGUUCUCGGAGCAACUCGGAAGACAAACGCGGGGGAGACUUGUUGCUUCGACGCGUUUGCUGGCGCUUUUAUUAACCACCAUCUCCAUCGAAGUUUUGUGUCUCUCCCUAGUCUGCUCCAGGCUUCUGCUUGGAGAGCCCGACCGCCACGAUUGAUCCCAGCAGCUGGAGCGGCAGCGAGAGCCCUGCCGAGGACCUGGAGAGGAUGAGCGACUCGGCGGACAAGCCCGUGGACAACGACGCCGAGGGAGUGUGGAGCCCUGACAUUGAACAGAGCUUCCAGGAAGCGCUGGCUAUCUACCCUCCAUGUGGACGCAGGAAGAUCAUCCUCUCCGAUGAGGGGAAGAUGUACGGUCGAAAUGAGCUGAUAGCGAGAUACAUCAAGCUCAGGACCGGGAAGACGAGGACCCGGAAGCAGGUGUCUAGUCACAUACAGGUCUUAGCAAGAAAGAAAGUUCGAGAAAUCCAAGCUGCCAUUAAGGUACGUCUGGCUUUGCCCAGUUGUCGGGGGCUUUUCAUUGCCAUGGUUACAGGUUCUUCCUUUGUUUUCCUCCCCUCCCCUACCCCGCAGGUGUCUAGUCACAUUCAGGUUCUUGCCAGAAGGAAAUCUCGUGAGUUUCAUUCCAAGCUAAAGGUUACAAACAUGGACCAAGCCGUGAAGGACAAAGCCCUCCAGAGCAUGGCCUCCAUGUCCUCGGCCCAGAUCGUCUCCGCCACGGCCAUUCACAACAAGCUGGGCCUGCCAGGCAUCCCGCGCCCAGCCUUCCCUGGAGCCGGGUUAUGGCAGGGAAUGAUUUCCGCCGGUCAGCCAGGAUCGUCGCAGGACAUUAAACCUUUUACCCAACAAUACCCAACCCAGCCAUCAUCAGUCACAUCAGCCAUCACAAGUUAUGAGUCCACAGCGGCUCCAGCUCCCACAGCACCAGCGUGGCAGGGCCGCUCCAUCGGCACGUCCAAACUCCGACUGGUGGAGUUCUCCGCCUUCCUAGAGCAACAGAGAGACCAAGACACGUACAACAAGCACCUGUUCGUACACAUCGGGCAGACGAAUCACUCCUACAGCGACGCCCUGCUGGAGACGGUGGACAUCCGUCAGAUUUACGAUAAGUUUCCGGAGAAGAAAGGAGGUCUUAAAGAGCUGUACGGGAAAGGUCCUCAGAAUUCCUUCUUCCUCAUAAAGUUCUGGGCCGACCUGAACUGCAACAUUCAAGAUGACGCCGGCUCUUUCUACGGAGUCACGAGUCAGUACGAGAGCUCGGAGAACAUGACCAUCACGUGCUCCACAAAGGUUUGCUCCUUUGGGAAGCAGGUGGUGGAGAAAGUGGAGACUGAAUAUGCGCGGUUUGAGAACGGACGCUUCGUCUACAGAAUAAGCCGCUCUCCCAUGUGUGAAUACAUGAUCAACUUCAUCCAUAAGCUCAAACAUCUACCAGAGAAAUACAUGAUGAACAGCGUGCUGGAGAACUUCACCAUCUUGUUGGUGGUGACAAACAGGGACACGCAGGAGACGCUGCUGUGUAUGGCGUGUGUGUUUGAAGUGUCAAACAGCGAGCACGGCGCGCAGCAUCACAUCUACAGACUGGUGAAAGAGUAAGAAGCCCCCGCGUGUGUCGCCUCUUAUCAAUCCCCCUUCUUUCCAUAGACUCUCCAACCUCCAAACAAGUGGCAGUGCCUCCAACCUGAAAGUCACACCCACGCGGCUUUUUGGUCCACGUUAUCGAGGCCAAUGAACGAUGUUUUAGUGUAAAUGUUUAUUUGACUGCGGCUGUGAAUUGCGGUACAGUUGUUUAAUGUCUAAUUACGGGAAUUCACGUCUCAAAAAUGUGUUCUGUUGGUCUCUGUUGGGUAUAAAUGUUCUUAAAUAAUGGACUAGGUUAAUUUGGUAUAUCUGUGUCGUCGUCUUCUUCUUCUUCUUCUUCUUCUUCUUCAUUAUUUUGACCACGAAAAACAAAAAAACAGGUAAAUGGACGCUGGAUGUUUUUCUACCAGCAGCCUGAUGUGGUCUGUGUAACGUGUGUGUUGUGAGUCUGUUGUUUCUCAUUUGUGACCAUAUAUAUAUAUAUAUAUAUAUAUAUAUAUAUAUAUAUAUAUAUACAUACACGUAUAUAUAUAUAUAUAUAUAUACGUAUAUGUAUAUAUAUGUACUGUAAAUAUAGAGACAUGCACCCACAGCCACUAGAUUUCCAAAGAGACUGAUAAGUGAAAACACUACAUGAGCAGCAGCUGAAAGCAAGUGGUUGUGAAUUAGCAGAAUUACUGCUAUAUAUAUAUAUAUAUAUAUAUAUAUAUAUAUGUAUAUAUAUAUAUAAAAAAGCUUUCAGAACAAUAAUAUUCCUCCCAGUUUAAAGCACUCCAGGAGUCACGGACACUAAGAGUCGUACGUUUGGCCUCAAUCUGCUGCGUAAACGUUGGAAACCACCGUUUUAUUUGCUCAAAUGACUGAAACUGGACGCUGGUGUCGUGCAGAAGCACUUUGUUUCCUCGCCUUAGUUCCUCUGUGACUACAGAACUCUUUUAAUGAUUGUAACUCUAUCAGAAAAUCCACGUGCACAUGUUUGGCCUCCACUGAUCCCCAGCCUUAAUACAUCUUUAUUCACCGCGUGUGUGUGUGUGUGUGUGUGUGUGAACUUUAAAAGAUGCCACUGAAACUGUGAUCCAACAGGUUAAAACAUCAUCACACAAACAGCCAAAGUAUAAAGUCUACAGUGCCUUAGAAUCUAUUCUCUCAUGACUCUUUUAUCCUUCAGUUUAAAAUCCGUUCUGUGGAUGACACACACUCCUUCAGAAGUCGAACACUAGUGUUUUCAAUGCGUCCAAAACAGUCUUGAGAAUGUGUUAUAUUAUUAUUAUUAUUAUAUUUUUCUCUAACUCUACAACAUGCUCCUGAAAACCCCGCUCCUUUUUUCUCAGAGUUCACUUUAAACCGAGUCCGGCUGCCAAAAACACAGCGACACAGUCGACCGUUUGUCCCGCGGUGGAAGCGAGGAAGUGCCUUUGGUUUUCAAAUUCACAGCUUCGAGAAGAUUUAAAAGAAAAUAAUGAUAAUCAAAGACCAAAAAAGGAGACAUGCUGAUGUGAAACCAGUCACCACAUUGCCUUUUCAAAGGAUUGUAAUGACGGCAAACGACAGCUGUGUAACUGUGCUGACGAUGCUCGGUGCACACUUGCAGGUUCAAGUGUUUUUUGGGGUUUUUCUUUGUUUUUAAACACAAACGUGACGUCACAUGAUCGCAGGAAACGUCAGCUGUGAUCGACGAGGCGGGGACCAAUCAGCAGACAGUCGGCGUUUGGUAGCAUUUUGCAUUACAGUAAAAAUAUAAUUACAUUUUUAUUUACUGUGUUUGUUUAAUUCACAUUCAGUUACAGAUGUGGAUUCACUUUGACCCGUUUUUUUUAUUUAUCUUUUAUUCCUUAAGUUUGUUAUAAUUGACAGACACACAGUGACGAGCAGUGCACGGCUUUUAUUUUCUCACUUUGACAUCAACUUUAUUUAUUUUUUCCAAUCCCAACUUCCUAAAAAAGAAAACCCUGUAUUUUUUGGGUGAAGUGGCCCUCUAAGUAAUAUUGUGUUGUAUCAUUUAAACUCUAAUGCAGCUUCAUAAUGACAGUAAAGUCCAGACUCUACUGUCAGUGUAAAACUUUAACAUGAGAAUGUUUGCAAAUCAGAAUUGAUUGAAAGUUGAAAUUCACUCGACCUUUUCAUUAAGAUACAAUGACCUGAACACUAGCUUCCUGUUGACCUUAGUUUAGAAUUCAUUCAUUAUUUGGUAGCAUUUUACAUUGCAGUAAAAUACCAACAUGGUAAUAAUGAAGUAAUAUUGUGGUUAUAUCAUUUUAAUUAACCUCAAUAUUUACUCUUUCAGUGUAAAACUGUUCCAAUAAUCUAAAGUUGUCCAUCGUUGACCAGAAUAAGACUUUAUUUUUACUGUAUUGUAAAGUGUUAACAUCUGUUUUUCAGAGUCCGUUCACCGACUGUUUUAAAUCUGAAAUCUGUUUCCAAAAACCUGCUUGAAACAAUUCUCGGAUAUUUCCUUUGCUUCGUUUCCAUCCGGUGUAUUUGAAUGAGACGACGUCUGCGGCGGACGCCGAGUCCAAUCCUUCAGUAUUUGUUUAGCGUGUUUUUUGCGGGACGUCUGUUGCGUGACGUGUUCUCCUCGUCGUUCUCUCGCGUGCUGCGGUCGUACUUGGUUUUCGUGAUGACGUUGUCGGUCGGAUGGUGAAUGAUGUUACUGCUGCACUGCUGGUCUAUAUGCAGAGGCAUGAAUGUGUGUGUGGUGGAUCCAUUCCAAGAGAAAAUGGACACUUAAAUAAAUAAAUAAAUUUAAAAAAAGGAUUUGUGCUGCAAACAUGUGCAGCUUUAGCUCGUGUUCUUUGUAAUUCUGUAGGUACUGGUACCUGUUUUCUUUGUUUUGUUUCAUGACCAUUUACAGAUGGUGGCUUUAAAGUGAUUCUUCACAUCGCUCACGUUAUAGUUGUCAUACACAUGUUUUUGGGUUUUGUUUGUUUGUUUUUUUUAAUGUAUGUAAAAAGGUGCUUUGUACAAAGUGAUAUCUCGGCUGUUCUCGGUACAGAUGUGUGAAAUCUUUUCAUAUCUGCUGUGUUUCUGUUGUUCUGCAUAUUAUGGUCGUGUCUUUGCUCCGUGAACAUUAUGAUGCCUUCUUGAUAAUAUAGUUAUUUUGUAGCUUUCUAGAUUCUUUCUAUGUAUGCAAUAUUGGACUUAAAUAAAUCUGGAACUUAUUGUA